AUGGUCCACGUCUUGGGGGUGCAGCUCCCAGACUACCAGUAUGCAAGGUUCGCCUUGACUGCAUUCUAUGGUAUUGGCCAUAAAACUGCACAUCGACUUUGUGCGCGUCUUCAAAUUCACGACAAAUGCAAAUUCGAAAUUGAGAGCGAAGCAAGGAGAGUGGUCAAAGAUAAUAUUGCGCACCAACGCAUGAUAGGCAGUUACGUUGGCAAGAGGCAUGCCAUGGGUCUGCCCGUCCGCGGCCAGAAUACCCAAAACAAUGCGCGGACCGCGAAGAAACUCAACAGGGUCGAUCGUCGUGGCUGA